GAGCAAUAGAGUUGACCAACAUGGACCAAACCUCUGAAACUGAGUGUGGACACAGUCUUCCUACAUGUCCUCCACAAACCCCAAUAAUUCAUGUGACUAAAGACUAGGUGUACCUAAUGAGAUUGUAAACGUCUUGAGGAUCAACUCAGAGGUUGUGUUUUUAUCUUCCAUAAUUGCUGCAUCUGGAACAUGCCCAGAGAUAGUAAUCAAUACCUGUCAACUGAUUAAGAAGAGGUUACCAUCAAGAAAACUGGGAAGAGCUUCUUGUCUGGGAAAACUCCAAAUGGCAGAUGACACCCAUGCAGCAGGAGGGCCCCUCUGGAAGGAAUGGGUGGUUGGGCAGUCCACUGAGGCUUAGGCAGCGGUCUCCGAGGCUGCAGCCAGCCCGGCGCGGCACACGCGGAGACAAGGCGGAAGACAAGGAGUGGAUCCUGGUCACCAAGCUGGACCGCCUGAUCAAGGACAUGAAGAUCAAAUCCUUGGAGGAGCUCUACCUCUUCUCUUUGCCUAUCAAGGAGUCUGAGAUCAUCUACUUCUUCCUGGGGGCGUCAGUCAAGGAUGCGGUUUUGAAGAUCAUGCCUGUGCAGAAGCAGACUGGUGCUGGCCAGCAGACCGGGUUUAAGGCAUUUGUAGCUGUCGGGGACUACAAUGGUCACGUUGGACUGGGAGUAAAGUGCUCCAAGGAGGUAGCCACUGCUAUCCGAGAGGCCAUCAUCCUGGCCAAGCUCUCCAUUGUUCCUGUGCGGAGAGGCUACUGGGGGAACAAGAUUGGCUCGCCUCACACUGUCCCUUGCAAGGUGACUGGACGUUGUGGUUCUGUGCUGGUGCAGUUCAUCCCUGCCCCCAGAGGUACUGGCAUUGUCUCAGCCCCUGUGCCCAAGAAGCUGCUGCUGAUGGCUGGUAUUGAUGACUACUAUACUUCUGCUAGGGGCUGCGCUGCCAUCUUGGGCAAUUUCCCUAAGACCACCUUUGAUGCCAUCAGGACAUACAGCUAUGUGGCUCCCGAUCUCUGGAAAGAAACUGUGUUCACCACGUCUCCAGAUUAGGAAUUCACUGACCAUCUUGUGAAAACCCACACCAGAGUCUCUGUA